AUGACUGGAAUGAUAGUCCAGGAGGGUCUACCACCUGAACACGCUUCUGGUGGUGGUAGCGGCCUCUUUAGACUCCUCGACCUCCCCCUGGAACUUCGAAAUGAGAUCUACGCACACUUACUUGUCCAGACGGAACCAGUCGACUGCUCAAGGGUAUGGUUCUCGACGGCAGCUCGACAUCUACGUCGGCUUGCGAAGGAAAAUGCGCCUGAUUGCUGUAGCCAGAACUACGCAUGUACGCACUACGAUGCGCGGCUGCGCCCGCGAACGGGCCUCCUGCGGGCGUGCCGCCAGGUGAGUAACGAGGCGCUUGAGGUUUUGUAUACCCAAAGCGUGUUCCGUGUCGACCUCGAGAGCCGCUCUAAGUUCCUACGGUUCUUCACCAUCGGCGAGGCGAAUCUACGCCGCGUGCGCCAUCUACGCCUCAAUGCCUUUACUGCGUAUUAUUCGUACCGUAUAGCCGGGCCCGGCGAGAAGCAGUGGCAGUUCUUCCGCCCCGUAGCCCUCGAUGCGGCGUUCUGGACGGCAUUGCUCGAGGGCUUGCUUACUCUUGAGUUCAUCAUGAAAGUACCUACCUGGGGCCAUCAUAGCGGAUGGCCGGUGUGGGUUGGGCAGCUUGAGACCGUGCUAAGUUUCGUGGGCGAGCGUAUCGACGAGGGCACGGAUGUUACUAUUGACGAUAACUACUCGAUGUUUCUGUGCGAGGCUGUUGAUCGGUGUUUCCGGAAGCCUUUCCGCAGGGUGAGGACUAAGGAGGGCGAUGCUUAUUAUUAUAGGACCCGGUUUGAUCCGGAUAAUAUCACUGGUCCUGUGGCUAGUGAUGAGGGCUAG